ACCCAAGGUUCUGAAGAUUUACACCUAUGCUUUCUUCUAAGAGUUUUAUAGUUUUAGCUCUUAUGUUUAGAUCUUUGUUUUAUUUUGAGUUAAUUUUUGUUAUUUAUUGUGAGAUGGGGAUCCAUUUCAUUCUUUUGCGUGUGGAUAUUUAGUUGUCCCAGCACCGUUUGUUAAAAAAAACCAUUCUUUCCCCACGGAAGGAGUUUCUGAAUUGUUCAGAUGGUUAACACGCUUAGCUGCCCUAACCAGAAGUAUGGAGUUCUGAGUCCACACAGAGGUGCCUCAGAAAAAUCAGCCAUCGAAAACCCUGUGGGGCACAGUUCCUUUCUCACAUACAUGGGGUUGCCAUGAGUCAAAAUCGACUUGAUGGCAGCUGAGUGUUUUUUACUGGUUUCCCUACUGAAUGGUCUUGGCAUCCUUGUCAGAAAUCAAUUGAUCAUUUAUUUCUGCACUUUCAGUUUUAUUUUAUUGAUCUGUAUGUUUAUCUUUAUGCCACUACCACACUAUCUUGUUUACUGUAGCUUUGUAGCAAAAUUUGAAAUUGAAAAGUGUGAGUCCUCCAACGUCUUUUUCAAGAUCGCUUUGGCUGUUCAGGGUCCCUUGCAUUUCCAUAUGAAUUUUAGGAUCAGCUUGUCAAUUUCUGUAAAAAACCAGCUGGAAUUCUGAUAGGGAUCUCAUUGAAUCUGUACAUCACUUUGGGGAGUACUGCCAUCUUAACAAUAUUAAUUCUUCCAAUCCAUGAACAUGAGUUGUCUUUUCAUUUAUUUAGGUUAAUCCUAGUAAAUUAAUCCCAGUAAUUUAGAGAUGAAGGAUUGAGGAUGUUCUCCUCAUGAAUAUUCUAGAGGACAUUAUCUGUUUUAUUGGAAGCAAUCAGUAAGUAUGUCUGGAAUGAAUGAAUUAACCGCUCUCUUUAAGGGAGAUACUUACGAGUUGCUGAUGGAGAAAUGGUAUUGGAAUAUUAGAACUUCUUUGUGUGGACCCCAUAUUUUCUUUACCAAAUGGAGCUGAGGAUCCUGGGUGGAUAAACUCAACAAGGGGACUUGGGGUUGGGGAGACUGGUUUGUAAGUGAAAAUCAAUGGAUGCCAUGAUUCCCUUUGUUGAGAAGAACUCCUAUGCUCAAAUUAACAAAGAGGGAUUCUGGUUUACUUAAAAAAACCAGUGAGUGGGGCAAAGGUAGGAGAGAGUGGAAUUUAGAUUUGGUGUGUAGACCUUUGGUUAUCAUGUAAAAGAGAUUUGGACAGGAGCUUUGUGCCAGAAUGAGAGUGCUCUGGCUUGUUCACCCUCCUUCUUAUUCCUUUUGUCUUCUGUGUGUCACUGUUUUCCAUUGUCUUGCCAUCACAUGGUUACCUUGUGGCUUCUUCAGAAUCCUCGUUGGACUUGUCAGUAGAGGCCACCUCCAAGGUUCUUUUCUUACCUGUUGGUUUUCUCGGCAUUCUUUAUUAGGAUCUUGCAUUUCAGGUGUUGCUCAAGUCACUCUUGACAAGCCAGCUGGUGGCCAGUUCCUCCAAAGGCUGGACAGCGAGGCUACAGGGAGCAAAAGUUUUCUAGCUUGAUUUGGCAGCUGGGUAGAGAGGGCUGAAUGGAGGUCUUCAGAAGCAGCAGCUUCUUGCACCUUUCCUUUGGAUGCAUUGCUGCUAUCUGUUGUUUUGCAGGAUAUGUCAGCUGCUAUUGAAAUCCAGGCAGAUUUGUUUUUUCCGUAAGUUGGAAAAGUGCUUUGGAAAGCACAAUAAGGUGGUAUCGUUUCACAGUCUCAUGUGAGUUUUAUGACUCUGGUGGAGUUGCUCCCACUUUUUGCUUGCCACAGACACUGCUGUCUGUGGUCAGAGGCUGCUAGUGGCCAUUUAUACCUGAGUGGAAGGAGGGAGCCAUUCUUGGACUCCUGGAAUUUUUGAAGUCCUUCACCAAAGAAGCUAGACCUUAGUAUCUCUUGCUCUGAGGGUCGGAGUUCCAGCCCUUCCUCUUUGAUUUUGUUCCGUGGCAGUUGCUGUGUGCCUGCUCCCUCUGCGCCUGACUCGAGGCUUCAGAAUCUGCCCACGUCGCUCCCCAUUUUUCAGGUUGUUUUCAUCUGAUCUCCCUGAGCCUCAUCUGGAUCCUUGGGGUUAGCUCGGGGAUUUGAAGAGUGAGUUGGUAACAGGACGUGUGCUCUUUAUAGGGGUAGAAUCAGAAAGUCUUAUGGUCAGGGAAGAGAGAAGGAAGCUUUCCAGCCUUCCACUUCCCUGGAAGAGGAAGUACUUCUCUGCACCUUUGGUUGGCACCCUUCCUUCUAAGGGCGCCUAAGCACUAAAUGUGAACCUCUUCCAGGGGAUUUGGUCAAUUCCGUGAACUGUGUAGGGACCUCACCUGUUUCUCUGGUAUAUCCGCUGUCAUUUAUAGUGUUAGGAGUGUGGCCUGCAGUAUACAGAUCUUCAGCUGGCUCAGUGACCUGGGGCAAGUCAUGUAGUCUGUAGCUUCAGUUUCCUCAUUGGGAAAAUGGGAACAUUAAUACAUCUCAUAGGGCUAUUAUUGGGGAAAUGAGGUAAAAUCACAUGUAAUGUGAUGAGCACAGUGCCUGCACAUUGAAGGUACUCAGCAAAGUACCUGCCAUGACUGCCAUCCUCACCGUCGUCAUCACUGCUGCCUCUGCCUCCUCUCGGUGCUCGUCAUUGCUCUGUGGUCACCUGUUGUGUUCAGGUCCAGAGUCCCUGUGUGCCGUUCUAAAAUCCAAAGAGCUCUAAAAAUGGAUCGUUUCUAUUCAUUUGGUGGCAAAACCUGGUCUGAAAUGAUGUGACAUCCUAUCCUAUUUAUCCCAUUUAGUGUUUGCUGUGGGACUGUUAACGUGUGUGACUAGAGGGGGCACCACAGGCCUCACAGGAGUGUCACAUAGGACUAGUGAGAGACCCUGUGCUGCUUGAAUGAAUAGUAACUUGGUGUUGAGCAGCCCCUUUUCCUGAGGCAGCUGGUCUGUGUGCCGGCACGCCCACAGGUGGCCCUUCAGCCCUGGCCUGCCCUCAUGCACCUCCCUCGUGGUAGGGCCAGUGGCUAGGGUGCCCCAGAGGCGAGGGCAGACAUGACUGAGUCUGGAGUCCCUUUGUGGGAGAGGCCAACCUAGGGGCGGAGGGCGCGAGGACAUGCGGGUCAGGGAAGCCGGGUCCAGCAUCUCCUUUCCUCUUGGGGGCAGAGCAAGUUGAGCAGGACAAAGUUCCGGAGCAGCAGUGCACCUAAGGUGGGCGCUCUGGCCGUCAAUGGUCUGGCGGUUUCUGUGGGUGCUGCAGGCUGUGGGGAGAACUAAAUCCCAGGGAGGAAUCAGCUUAGGUGUCAGCACCAAAGGGGGUCGUGCAGUUGUUGUGUGAACUUGCCAGCUCUCUGCAGGGACCACCACACUGUAGAGGGAAUUGAUGAGGGGAGGCUUUAACUGGGGAGACAGGUGGAUGGUUUUUCUCCUUUAUGAUGUUGGGGGUGCUGUGGGAGAGGGGAAGGAGAACCCUCUCCACUGUUUCCGUGCAUAGUAGCAGUAACCUCUGGACACAUGAGUUAGCAAAAGGAUAUUGGAUGGGAUUUUGUUUAGGGAGCCAAGUGUGACCAAAGACUGAAACCUUGUGACUGAGGUGGUUCAGUGAGCUUAAAAGGGCUCUGAGCCUUAGAUGUCGAUUAGAUCAGAUCAAGGGGUGAGUCCUGUGUCUCCCCGACAGCGGGACUAACUGCUUUUCAGCAAACUUUAGAAAAGAUGUUUCAGACAAGAUGAACUCUACUAUCCUAGUCCUUCUGCUUCAGAUCCUAGGGGGACAGGGGACCUAGGGGGACAGGUCCACCAGCGGCCAGCCUAGGCGCUCCACCACGGAUCCUGAGUGUGCAGGAGGCUUGGGACUGGUGGCCAGGAUAUAGGUGUUCCAGGGCAGGAACUAUGCUGUUUCGGUCACUGUUUAGGAUUUAGCACUGUUUUCUGUUUACGUAGGUCUCUGAGUGGCACAAACAGCUUGCAUUUGACUACUGACCUGAAGGUUGUGCUUCGAACCCUCCCAACAGUGCCACAGUAGAAAGGCCUGGUGAUCUGCUUGCAUAAACAUUAUGGUCAAGAAAAACCUACGAAGCAGUUCUAUUCUAUGACGUGGGAUUGCCAUGAGUCAGAAUCAAGUCAAUGGCAAUGAGUAUUUGGUUUUCUGUUUAUCUACUUUUUGCUCUUCCUGAGUCACAGGGAACGAGGAGUUUGGAGCCCACUUAGGGACGGUCUCAGAAGUCAGUGGACCUUGGAGUUAAAUCUCAUUCUCCCUGGGUUGGUGAUGUGCCAGGCAGUCAUCUAGAGAUGUAGUGGUGGACAAGAUGCCCUGGUCACUGCCCUCCUGUGCUCCUGUCUCAGAGGGAAGACCAGUGAGGGAGCAGACCAUUACGACGGACAUGCUGUGAUGGGUACCCAUAGGAGGGCCUGGAUCCAGUGCACGGCGACGGGGAAGGGUUCCAGAAGAAAGCAGAGUGUGGACUGGGUCCUGAGCCAUGAUGCCCUCGCCCAGUGGAGUGGGAGGGGUUGGCAUUCUCACAGAAGGAGCAGAGGCCAGCUGGGGAAGCUCGAGUGGCACGACCUGGCUGGCCGCAGGCGAGGCCAGAGGCCAGCGGGGCCUUAUCCUGUGGCGUGGAGUGGCACAGGGGCCCAUGAGGGCCUUGCACCAGGGCAUGCUGUGGUCAGAAGCAGGGCUGAUGCCCUGGAAUAAGAUCUGGCCGCCUUGCAGCCUCCCGUUUCACCAGUGCUGUCUGUUCAUUUGCAGAACCGGGCGGUGGGUCGGCCCAAGGGGAAGCUGGGCCCGGCCUCCGCAGUGAAGUUGGCUGCGAACCGCACCACGGCGGGAGCUCGCCGGCGCCGGACGCGAUGCCGCAAGUGCGAGGCCUGCCUGCGGACGGAGUGCGGCGAGUGCCACUUCUGCAAGGACAUGAAGAAGUUCGGGGGCCCCGGGCGGAUGAAGCAGAGCUGCAUCAUGCGGCAGUGCAUCGCGCCUGUGCUGCCCCACACCGCCGUGUGCCUUGUGUGUGGCGAGGCUGGGAAGGAAGACACAGUGGAAGAGGAGGAAGGCAAGUUCAACCUCAUGCUCAUGGAGUGCUCCAUCUGCAAUGAGAUCAUCCACCCUGGAUGCCUGAAGAUUAAGGAGUCAGAGGGUGUGGUCAAUGAUGAGCUUCCAAACUGCUGGGAGUGUCCAAAGUGCAACCAUGCUGGCAAGACCGGGAAAGCCUACAAGCAAAAGCGUGGCCCAGGCUUUAAGUACGCCUCAAACCUGCCCGGCUCCCUGCUCAAGGAGCAGAAGAUGAACCGGGACAACAAGGAAGGGCAGGAGCCUGCCAAGCGGAGGAGUGAGUGUGAGGAGGCGCCCCGACGCAGGUCGGACGAGCACCCUAAGAAGGUGCCCCCAGAUGGCAUCCUGCGCCGAAAGUCUGACGACGUGCACCUGAGGAGGAAGCGGAAAUACGAGAAGCCCCAGGAGCUGAGUGGACGCAAGCGAGCCUCGACGCUUCCAACGUCCCCCGGUUCCUCCUCUCACCUUUCGCCGAGGCCCCCUCUAGGCAGCAGCCUCAGCCCCUGGUGGAGAUCCAGUCUCACUUACUUCCAGCAGCAGCUAAAAUCUGGCAAAGAAGAUAAGCUUUUCAGGAAAAAGCGGCGGUCCUGGAAGAACGCAGAGGACCGGAUGGCUCUAGCCAACAAGCCGCUCCGGCGCUUCAAGCAAGAGCCGGAGGAUGACCUGCCCGAGGCGCCCCCCAAGUCUAGGGAGAGUGACCACUCGCGCUCUAGCUCACCCACGGCUGGGCCCAGCACUGAGGGCGCAGAGGGCCCUGAGGAGAAGAAGAAGGUGAAGAUGCGCCGAAAACGGCGGCUUCCCAACAAGGAGCUGAGCAAGGAGCUGAGCAAGGAGCUCAACCAAGAGAUCCAGAAGACAGAGAACAGCCUGGCCAAUGAGAACCACCAGCCCAUCAAGUCGGAGCCCGAGAGUGAGAACGAGGAGCCCAAGCGGCCCCUGGGCUUCUGUGAGCGCCCCCACCGCUUCAGCAAGGGCCUCAAUGGCACACCCCGGGAGUUGCGGCACCAGCUGGGCUCAGGCCUGCGGAGCCCGCCCCGCGUCAUCUCCCGGCCCCCGCCCUCCGUGUCCCCACCCAAGUGCAUCCAGAUGGAGCGGCAUGUGAUCCGGCCGCCCCCCAUCAGCCCCCCACCUGACUCACUGCCCCUGGAUGACGGAGCAGCCCACGUCAUGCAUAGGGAGGUGUGGAUGGCCGUCUUCAGCUACCUCAGCCACCCAGACCUGUGUGUCUGCAUGCGGGUCUGCAGGACCUGGAACCGCUGGUGCUGCGAUAAGCGGUUGUGGACCCGCAUCGACCUGAACCACUGCAAGUCCAUCACACCCCUGAUGCUGAGUGGCAUCAUCCGGCGCCAGCCUGUCUCCCUGGACCUCAGCUGGACAAACAUCUCCAAGAAGCAGCUGAGCUGGCUCAUCAACCGGCUUCCUGGGCUCCGAGACUUGGUGCUGUCUGGCUGCUCGUGGAUCGCAGUCUCGGCCCUCUGCAGCUCCAGCUGUCCACUGCUCCGGACCCUGGAUGUCCAGUGGGUGGAAGGACUCAAGGACACGCAGAUGCGAGAUCUCCUGUCCCCUCCCACGGAUAACAGGCCAGGUCAGAUGGACAAUCGGAGCAAGCUGCGGAACAUCGUGGAGCUGCGCCUCGCGGGCCUGGACAUCACGGAUGCCUCUUUGCGGCUCAUCAUCCGCCACAUGCCCCUGCUCUCCAAGCUCCACCUCAGUUACUGUAACCAUGUCACCGACCAGUCCAUCAACCUGCUCACCGCCGUGGGCACCACCACCCGAGACUCCUUAACAGAAAUCAACCUGUCAGACUGCAAUAAGGUCACUGAUCAGUGCCUGUCCUUCUUCAAACGCUGUGGAAAUAUCUGUCAUAUUGACCUAAGGUACUGCAAGCAAGUCACCAAGGAAGGCUGUGAGCAGUUCAUAGCUGAAAUGUCUGUGAGCGUCCAGUUUGGGCAAGUGGAAGAAAAACUCCUGCAAAAACUGAGUUAGUCCAAGGUCAAACCACGGGACGAUUCCAUUUUGCAAGUCUUGCCAAGGAAAAAGCUGUCCCACCAGCCAUUUCUGGAAUGAGUGAGCCAGACCCUUUCCUUGGGUCUUUCUGAACCGUGACUGCACUGCUUUCUGGACCAUUUCUGUGGCAGCCCUGAGCGAGAAGACCUUCCCAUCGGUGGGGUAUGGGGCCUGGAGGACUUCUCUUAUUUCAGCCUGAGUUUGGGCGUUUUGGUGGUGGCGUCUGGUUUUCUGUUUGUGAACACCUCAUUCCCGACAGCUCCGAGGCUCCUGGCGUCCUCAUAAAGUGGACCACGCACCACUUCUCUGCCGCAGUCUCAACGCAUUUUUUUCUGUUUGGUUUUGUUACAUCUUACAUUAUGCAGAACUAUUUUUGUACAAAUUGUUAAAAGUUAUUUAUGCAAGGUUUGAAUGCAUAGCAGUGUUUUUAUUGUUUUGAGAUUGCCAGCCUUCGUGGUUUCCUCAAGGUAGGAGAGAGCUUCACCUGAACUUC